AUGGGAAAGGCAUUAAAAUCAACCAAGAAGUUUAAUAAAAACUAUCUAAGAUCUACGCUUGAGCGCAGACAAAAUGAAGUUGAACACAACACAAAGGUCAAAGACUUUUCCAAAGAAGAUGUAACUCAACUGUAUCGUAGUCUGGAUUCCAAAAAGGCAAGCGUUGACGAUCAGCUAGUCGACGAAAGCAGUGAAAUCGAUUCAGAGGCAGACCUUAAUUCGUCUGACGAUGCGCAAACUGAACAAGAAUCAAAGUCUUUGGGUCAUCGUAUCAAGUCUUGCAGUGAGAAAGAAUUGGGUUCAAUAAUCGCUUAUUGUCAAGAAUUGUCUGGCACCAAGCAGGAAAAAUCCGCCUUGAAGGCACUUCCUCGUGAUGUGAAACAAUCUUUGGAUGAACAGACUUACACGGAACGUGGUGCUGUAGUUUUGUCUGCCCGUCUGCACUUAAUUGCGCAUCAACUGAAAAAUGUCACGGAAGACAACGGCCAAGAACUGUAUCAAUCCAUUUCAGAAAACUUGAAGAAAGUGAAAAGCUUUCCUAGUGACUCCUCAAUUAAUUUUGAUUGUGUUUUUACCCAUCAUUUGUGGUCUUCCUCGCUUUUUGAAUCAGCUUCGCAAUUUCUGCAUAAAUGUUUGAAGAUUGAUGCCUCACUUGCAGUCCGUUUCAUUCAACCCUUAUACGCAAAAUUGAUCUCUCAAUACAAAGAUUCCCAUUCUUUAACUGAGGCUACUGUUCGUGUCACCAACGUUCUUAAGGAAAUUGUUUGUCUCAACCCUGCUACAUUUCAAAAAGUGAGUUCUGCUUACAUUGGUCAAAUCACGGCACACCUACAACGCUGUAUGAAGAAACCUUCGGAUAUAACCUCAUUGAAGCUGCUUUACAAUUGGCAAUUCGUAAUGACUUUAGAUCUUUGGGUUGAGUUUGUGGGCCAUGCAUGGACGAAAUUAGGGAAGCCUGUUGCGAACAAGGUGAUGCCAUCCCUUAUCGAUACUGUACUCACAACCAUUUCCCUCCUCCCUUCCGAAAACUACUACCCUUUGCGUUUAAAACUUCUCGCCUCCCUCAUUCAAUUGUGCCAGACAACAGGAGUAUUUGUACCGUUAAGUUCAGUUAUUUUGCAGAUGAUCCCUAGCCUACUGCAACCACAUUCCGUGAUGGAAAACGAACCCGUCGACUUAUCAACUGUACUUCACCUCACAAAGGACGAAUUAAACAAAUCGAACUAUCGGACUGCACUGCGGACGCAAGCCCUGUAUCUUUUGGCCAAGUACUUUGCCAUCUACUCCACGUCAAUUGCUUUCCCCGAAUUGGCAACUCCAGUCAUUAUUCAGUUGCGCAAGCUCUUGACACAAAUUCGUCAUGAAAAGAAAACGGCACAAAUAUUGAGCAAGCUAGAAGAGCAUUUCAGCUAUAUUGAGAUGAAAAGAGCUGACAUUGAGUUUAAUCCUCGGAACCUGACAGCCAUCGACAAAUUUGAAUCUUCAUUGGAUCCACAAUCCACUCCUUUGGGUGUCUUUUUACGUUCAUAG